UUUAAAAAUAUCCGUUACCUACACAAAAUCAAAUCGGUUGUAAGUUCUGUUUUGUUUUUACUCCUUUUUAGUGCGAGUGACGAAAAUAGCGAGACUUAAGUCGGUUGACGAAGUUUUUACUUUAGUGGCACGAAAGCUCGCGUGGGGCUGAAGGCCGGAUGUUCUCUAAUAUAGUAACUGUCGAUCCGUCUCCGACCUGCAAUAAAAACAGGAGCUUGAGUAAUAUAUAUCAGAAAUUUCAAAGUCUCCUCGGCCGUGGUGCGGAUAUCGACAUCGGUAGCUGCGGUAAAGAGGACAUGUUAUCUUCGAGAGGCAGUACGGUCGCAUCAGAAGACAGUUUCAUUACGCCGGUGUCUUCUGUCGGAGAUCUGAUGGCGAUGUCGCCGCGAGGCAAGCAGGUGCAGGAGUCAGCUGAUGUGACGAGUGACUUGCUUACGGGCGCUGACUUCGACAGUGUUUGCGAUAUAACUAUGCAGGAAGUUCAACAUUACGAGGAUCCUAUGUAUAUCGAUCCGACAAGUAUGGACUAUCUGGUGAAGUGCGCCGAGUCCACUCGUAGCAACAACCACGUAGACCGCGGCAAAGAAAGCUUGUUUAUCAAAUUCGAUCCACUAUACGCCCGUCAGAAACUUCCAGCCACUCCUACUGAAUCCCUCCCGGACUCCACAGAGGCUGAUAUAGGCUACGAAACGGGAAGUGCUGCAUCCAUUUUUGCUGACAGCAGUGUCGCGACGCCUAAGCAUUCAAUGUCUGUUGGAUCUAUUUCAUGUGCAUGGGAAAAACCUACUCAAGUGGUACCACCUGUCAAGAAUGAUUUACCGAAGACUGAAGCUAAAACAACACCUCAGUUAGUUAGAAGUGCCUCUGCAAUCUUAUCAUCUAGUCACGUAGCUACAGAUAGGCUCUUAAACUUCAUUGGGAGCACUCCGCCUGUGGCUGCUCCGCGUAGUCCUCACCACCGCUCCAACAGUCACCAGGCCAGCCACCAUGUAGACAGACUACAUUCUCUCCGAAUAAUACUCCAAAAGCAAGAACAUGAAGCUUUAUUACUCAGACAGGAAAAUGGAGAUCUCAAGUCAGCAUUACACAACAUUGAGAGUAGAUAUGCAAGUACUGUGGAGGAAUUAGAGUUAAAAGUUAAGAAGCUUACGGAUGAAAAACAUAAUUUGAUAGAGAGAGAAAACCAGUUGCUUCAGCAGCUACAUGAUAAGAACCUGAAUAACAAACAAAUGGGUAUAGUGAUGGAAGAAUAUGAGAAAACUAUUUCUUCACUGAUUGGGGAGCAUCAGCGGGAGCAGCUACUGUCACAAGAAAUGCAACAAAAACUGAGUGCUGAACGAGACCAAGCUUUAAGUCACUUAGCAAGUAUGGAAAGCUCAUUCAAUGACUUGCUAUCCAAGUACGAAAAAUGCAAAAGUAUCAUUAUGGACCAUAAAGAGACAGAAAAAAUAUUUGAGCAGAAAAUUACUGAGUAUGAAGCUGGUCUGAAAAAAUAUGAAGAGCUUUAUACAAACUUGAAACAGGUUACAGCAGAUAGCUUGGCUAAAGCCAAUGAAACAUUGGAAACUGUGAAGAAAAACCACAGUGUGGAGCUAACAAAGCUGAAUGCUACAAUCAAAAAGCAUGAGAUCAAAAUAUCAUCUUUAGAGGAGUCUUUGACUCAAAAAACAAGAGAUAAUGAGGAGCUAACAAGAAUUUGUGACCAGCUCAUAAACGAGGUGCACUAGAGUGCAUCUAGUGCAUUAUUUUAGAGAUAUUUAUCUGUAUUCUAUUGUCUAAAAUCUCUGUGAUGAAUCUCUACAAUUAUGACAUUUAUGACUUUUGUUGUAGUUGAAUAUUAUAACUUUUUAAUAAGAACUUAUAUAUCAAAUUAUGCUUUGUUUUGGCUUAUUUGAUAUGUCAUUUACAGGUCUUGGUGCUUGUUGACUAAUUUUUAGGAACUGUUUUAGAAAUGUACACUGUGAAUUCAUUUUUAUAUAAAUUCCAUUUAAAAAUGUAAGACAGCUUAGUUCUACUAGCUAGAUUAGACUUGAAACUAGUGAUUAUAAAAUAGGUCUAACACAUUUUUAAUUACAAACUCAAUUAACAAAUUAUGCGUAAACUAAUCAAGUAUUGUCCUUAUCUUGUUGUUAAUUGUCUUGUUUUGAUGUUUGACUGACUUUAAAUAUUUAUUUCUUUGUGUUUUUUUGUAUCUUUCUAUUAUGUCAAUUACUUAUUGCGUCCAGAUCCCGCCUAUGUUUUGUAUAGACGGAUUGAAGUUUGGGUAUAUUAAAGAUAUAACUAUAAACUAGAGAGAUUUAGGAUUGUAAAAUAUAUUAAACAAUUUUGAGUUCCUUUUGUGAGUCUUUAAUAACCCAGACUUACUUCAUCUAAAUCUUAGGACUGGGGUGUAGUGCUACUCAUUUCACCUUAUUCUACAUUGUAAGAGCCCUUGUUUAGGUAGACAUCCGUCUAAGAUCAAUGUAUCUAAUAUUUAUGCUGUAUGCUUGUACUUAGAUUGCAUUUUUCUGAAAUAAAAAGCUGUAAUUAAAUGAAGUUUUUUAUUUGUGUAUUUUCACAGAAUAUAAAAUAAAAACAAGUUAGGUAUAUUUGCAUAUUUUUCCGUCAAUACACAUGCUUUCAAUGAUUAUAAAUUAUAAUGUAGUUAACCCUUUGAUAAGUCACAUUUCCCGAAAGCACCGUUUAAUUU